UUCUUCGAGCAGGUCAACAGCAACUUCGACAAGGCGGCCGCGUUGACCGGCCACGACCCGGCGCUGCUGGAGCAGAUCAAGCAAUGCAACAGCGUCUACCACAUGACUUUCCCGCUCAAGCUGGACAACGGUUCGAUCGAGGUGAUUCACGCCUGGCGCGCCGAGCACAGCCACCACAAGUCGCCGACCAAGGGCGGAUUCCGCUACAGCGCCCAAGUCAACGAAGACGAGGUGAUGGCGCUGGCGGCGCUGAUGACCUACAAGUGCGCGAUCGUCAACGUCCCGUUCGGCGGUGCUAAAGGCGGAGUGAAGAUCUCACGCCGCAACUACACCAACAAUGAGCUCGAGCGAGUGACCCGGCGCUACACCUACGAGCUGACUCAGAAGAACUUCAUCGGCCCCGGUAUCGAUGUCCCGGCUCCCGACUACGGCACUGGACCGCGGGAGAUGUCGUGGAUGAGCGACACCUACCGUGCACUGACCGCCAACGACAUCGACGCGCUGGCUUGCGUGACCGGCAAACCGAUUGCCCAGGGUGGCGUGCGAGGCCGCACCGAGGCCACCGGGCGGGGUGUCUUCUUCGGCAUUCGCGAGACUUGCGACAUCGAGGAGGACAUGAAGAAGCUCGGUUUGACCGUCGGCCUCGAUGGCAAGAGCGUCGUCGUACAGGGUUUCGGAAAUGUCGGCUACCACGCUGCCAAGUACCUCCAGCGGGCCGGCGCUCGGAUCGUCGCCAUCGCCGAGUUCGACGGCGCGAUUUUCCACCGCGACGGGAUCGACAUCGAGCAGCUCCACGAGCACCGCGGCGAGCACAAGACGAUCACCACUUUCCCGGGUGCCGAACAACUGGCUCAGACUCUCGAUGCCCUGUUCUUGGAGUGCGACAUCCUGAUCCCCGCCGCGCUCGAGAACCAGAUCACGGCCGAGAAUGUCGAUCGGGUUCAGGCCAAGGUCGUCGCCGAGGCCGCCAACGGUCCGCUGACCGCCGGGGCGAGCCAAAGCCUGGCCGAACGGGGUGUCUUGGUGAUUCCAGACACCUUCCUCAAUGCCGGCGGGGUGGUGGUUUCGUACUUCGAGUGGGUCAAGAACCUCGCCCACGUGCGCUUCGGCAGGUUGCAGAAACGCUGGCAGAGUCAAGCCUAUCGCGGCCUCCUGGGAGCCGUUCAGGACAUGACCGGAAAACGCUUUCCCAGCGAGGUCGUCGAAGCCUUCGUAGGCGGGCCCGACGAGAUCGACAUGGUCAACUCAGGACUCGAGGAAACCAUGGCGAACGCUUUCCAUGAGAUCCGCGUCACGCGCCAGCAGCAGGACGACAAGAUCGACUUGCGCGCCGCGGCUUUCGCCAGUGCGAUCGAGAAGAUCGUGGUCAGCUACGAGGACUUGGGGAUUUUCCCCUAA